AUGGCUCCUGAGCCCUUACCAUUCAUCAAGGACGACAAGUCGGCAAUGUACGCGUGGUCGGCAUUGGCUCGCUACCUCUGUCUCACCCGGCAGCAGGUAUACUGGAUAUUUAACUCCCCUGUCUUCGACCGCGACGACUUCCGUGCCCUUGGUGGCUACCGAACCGUCCUGAAAGUAACCCAGCUGUUCAAGGCCGCGGUGACGCGCGACAGUAACGCCGAGUUGCGCGUCUUUUCGAUGGACGAUUUGGAUGCUCGGGAGAUGUGCCAGCCAGAGCAAACGACAUGGUCGGGCGACUACCCCAUCGCAACCCAUCUACAGCUCGUUCGACUUGACAACCUGUCCGCGGUCAACGCGCAGGACACGAUCGAGUACAAGCAGGUCCUAGACAUCGGCCGACAACCGCAAGAGACCUGGGACUUAACUGCUGCUUCGAUGUAUUUCAAGACGAAGCGCAAGGCAAGCAAAUUUGCUCUUUCGAUGUUCAAGAACAUCUACGCUGAGACUCACGACACCACUGGCACUGGGGUCGCCCCCGAGUUCUACCACUUGACCUCGUAG